AUGAGUGACCCGGUGAGCUUGACUUUGGGGAUUGCAGGGGUGGUGGGAAGCGUUAUACAGGCAUACAACGCGGUUAUGUCAGCUUACGAUUUGUACCUUGAGAUUAAAGAUGUACCAUCCGAGUAUGAAGACUUGCGCAUGGGACUACUGCUUGAACAUCAAAGGUUGGAGCUGUGGGGAAGUCACGUCUUGGCCGAGUAUCAUGAUGAACGGAACCGAUCUAGACUGUUCCAAAAGCACAUAACCACAUGGAGGACGAUGGAGUGGAUCUUCAGCAGGAUCAGGGAAGCCUUCAUUGAGAACAAUCAGAUUCUGGAUGACUAUGGCCAACAGAUGGGUCUACCAGCCCAAGGCGAAUCUUCAGUUUUCGAAUAUAUCAAUCGCUUGUCUCUGUCAACGAAGUCCCCAUCCAAACACGGGCUUUCAAACUAUACGAAGAGAGUGAAGUUUGUCCUGACGAAGCAGAAAAAGAUGAAGGAUCUAGUCACACAACUUUCCCAUUGGAACAACGGCCUUGAUCAGUUGACCUCGCGAUUAGACCAGGAUUCGUCACGUCGCCGAUUAAGAACUUUCUUCUCGACUUCGGACACCACACAGCUUCGGCAUUUAGAGGCAGCAGCGGACUUACUUGAGCAUCGAGACAUACAGCUAAUGGCUGCGGCGAGGAUAGUUAUUGAGCAAGGUUAUCUCAGCGAGCAGCCAGAUUGUCCACCAGAAAUGGUAGUUACCACUCCUUCUUCCGACGGACAGUGCAUCGGAACGUCCCCGUCACCUGGAUACAGGCUCGAGAUGGACCAGCUAAAGUGGCAAGAGAAACCGUAUGCGACGGAUCAAAUUCGAGCAAUGGCUCGGUAUGGGGAGGAAAGCGUCAUCGUUGACUGGAGGUGCUGCCAAGAUGACAGUUGGAGGCGAAAGCAUCCCAAAGCAUUCCAACGCAGGACGGAGAACCUGACAAGGAUCUUGAACAGCGAUCUCGAACCGUUGGGCCUCUCAAUCCUACACUGUGUUGGCUAUCUAAACCAGAGUCAACAUGUCACAGGCUACGCUUUCCGGCUGCCCAGUGGUGCCAAACCUGGCCAAAAACCAGUUACGCUCUACGAUCUGUUGAAACGCGUAGAGCGUCCUGAUCAACGUAAAGAUAUUCCUGACUUGGGUGAGCGGUUUGAGUUGGCCAAGGCACUUGUCACGACUAUAUUUAACAUUCACAACAUUGGGUGGGUGCACAAGAACAUACAAACGAAAAAUAUCCUUUUCUGGCCAAAACCUGAUGAGGGAAUUGAACCAGAUCUCAGCAAACCAUAUUUGAUGGGCUUCGACAUCUCGAGACCAAACCAACCGGGAGAGGUGUCAGAGAAGCCGUUGUCCCAUUUCGAAGAUGAUCUUUAUCGGCAUCCACAUUACAAGGGUAUGUUCGCCCGCUCAUUUCAACCAUCAUUCGACAUAUAUAGUCUGGGUGUGAUCCUCUACGAAAUCGGCCUGUGGCGAAAUAUCGCCUUUCAAGGCUCGUCCAAGAGCAACCAUCCGAGAAGACCGUCUUUGCCUACCCACAACUCGGAUCCGCAGCUAGUCGAGAGGAUGGUGGAACAGGGCACGAUCAUGGCCAUGAAGCAAUAUACCGGCGCGCGAUACCGGGAUGCGGUCAGGUCUUGUUUGAGCAGGGACUUUGACAACCUUUGGGAGAGGGAAGCGGGCAAUCAGCAGAGGCAGCUGCAGACGUAUCUGGAACAGUUCCAGAACAUGGUCGUUGACAAAUUGGCAGUGUGUAAUGCAUGA